GAGCAUGCGUUGAAUGUCCACAAACGGCGACCUGCACAUUUUGCCAGAUACAUUCUUCACGAAAAAUAACAACCCGUUGGAAACUUGCUCGAACAUCGAGGUCUACAGAGAAGCCAGUGAUGUCGUGUUUCAGUGGAAAUCCCAACUUUUGUCCUGAGUGUGGGAACGUACUGCCUCUACCUGGGCUGCAGGACUCAGUCACCUGUCCUCGCUGUGCUUUUAGCUUGCCUGUCCGCGAAUUUUCAGGUCAAGAGAUCAGGUCUUCAGUCGUCUUUAAUCCUCUAGAAGUGUCCUCUGUUGCUGUGGAGGAGGAGGACUCAGAACUCAAGGGGGCUGUGAUUGACAGGCGCUGCUCUCGCUGCAAUAAAGAGGGGAUGGUUUAUCACACCAGACAAAUGAGAUCUGCAGAUGAAGGACAGACAGUCUUCUUCACCUGUAUACACUGCAGAUAUCAGGAGAAAGAGGAUUCCUGAGAAGAGAUCGAGAUGUUUCCCCAUUUCCCCUGGACCUCCAUCAGUAUUCUUCUCAAAUCAAAUCAAUUUUUAUUGGUCACAUACACGUGUUUAGCAGAUGUUAUAGCAGGUGUAGCGAAAUGCU